CUACGGUGUGUGGUGCAUGUGUAACUCUUCUCUGACCAACUUCGUGGCAAAUCAUGCCAGAAAUGAAUAAAGACAUCUCGAGUUCAGUGUAAACUAUUCACUAGUUAGAAUGACUCGCACAUGUUGACGAACUGUUGCUUUAUGUGCCCAUGCUAUUUCUUAUUACUGUGUGUGCUGUAAAUAAAUGUUUUAUGUACCAUAGUACCUUGUUGCACUUGGUGGUGGCAGCUACUUCUCUUGAGAAGUACCUGACAAUUAAGCAAACUAGUUAUUAAUAUAUAGGCAAUUUCGAGCCGGCUUGUUGUUUUUGUGCAUCAGCCACCCAACAGUUCUUUCCAAGAUGCCGACGAUCAGCGAACUGGAAGCUAUUAUCGUCGAGAAAGACGACACGAUUCGGAAGCUGGAACUACGAUUGAAGAACCAUGAGGAUUCAAUCGCAGAGUUACGAUCGCAGCUGGAUAAGUUCCAGAGUGUGAUGCCUUUUGCUACGGCUGCUGCAGCCGUUAAUAAAAGAGCUCGUAAAGAGCGUGCUCAGGGCAUCUCCGCUGAACCGCAAAGUCUCAGGACCAUCCAGGAACUCUCCCUCGCCAGUCAGAAAACCGUGCCAGAUUUCCCAAAAUCUUCCAGCUCGAAGGAGCUAAUCAAGCAAGCGCUGCUGGAGAACGACUUCCUGAAGAACCUGGAGCUCGGUCAAGUGAAGGAGAUUAUGGAGAGCAUGUAUUGUGAGGAGUGUGAAGCUGGAGCUGUCAUCAUCAGGGAGGGUGAUACGGGCUCCAUGCUCUACAUCAUGGAAGGUAAGGAUAGUGUCUUUACCACUGCAUUGUUAGUGAUAAUGAUCAUAAUAUAAGCUCACUACAUCAUGGAAGGUAAGGAUAGUGUUUAUACUAUUGUAUUGUUGAUGAUAAUGAUCAUAAUAUAAGCUCA